AUGGAGGACUCUCGGAUCGAAUGGAUGCGCGAGCGCAUAUACGCUGGCCUGAACCUCACCGAGCUAUCAAUUUUCGAAAAGCUUCUCGAGAACGAAAAAGCAGAAGACAUCAUUAGAAAUUUCAUCCUUGGCAACCACGUCGAAGGAGACGACACAGCCCAUGCUAUACUCUUCUACCUAGAUCACGUUGAAAAAACACGGGAAAUCGAGGUCGAAUAUGAAGUGGAAGUCACUGAUGAUGAGGAAGAAAUCGGCGACGAUGAAACGACCUCUCAAGCGAUGUCUGCAAGGGAAUCCAACAUUUCCGGAGUUUCCGGAAAAAGCUCACGAAAAUCGAAUUCGCGCCGCGGCUCCAGAGCAUCUUCUUCGAAGGCUUCUUCCGUCGGUCGAUCAGAGUCGAAGACAUCGAAUUCACAACUUGCCGAAUCCAAGUCAUCGGAGAAAAACGACGCCAACGAGCAAAAAUCUGGUGACGAGGAAGAGCGAACAGAGAGCGAGUCAACGAUUAAAGAGAAGAAGACAAAAUUCAUCACGGAAAUUAGAAUAGAAGAAGAAGAGUACAUUGAUACUGUUCUGCACAUUGCCGAGAAGAAGAUUCCAGAAGAAUUUGAGACUGCACCAUGCGUCUUUUUUCUUAGAAAUUUGGAGACAAAAUUGCCAGCUCCUGCCGACAUUACACAAGCACGAAAACUUCUUCCUCGUUGCAUCGAAUAUGGAGUGUUAAAUCAACACUCUCUGGUGAUGCUGAAGCAAUUGAUGGAAAGCGUCUUUGUCCCCUUCCUGAACAUCAAAACCGGCAAAAUCGAGCCCAACCCAAAUGCCGAAGAGAAAUCAAAGCAGAGCGUUUUCCGCGAUGAGUUUUUGCUGAACUUGUCGAAAUUCACACAGCAGAUUCGAAGAACAAUCAACCAAAUUGAAGGCAGAUUCGGACUUGAAAUUCCGGAAAGUGUUCAAGCCUACCAGACAGAACCGAUUGAAAAGCUUGCGCAAGACAAUGAGGUUAUCGAACUGCUAGAAAACACUGUUUCUAACUGGCAAAAUCAAGUGCUCAAAGCCGUGGAAGAACAGCUUGCUAUGCAACCACAAGGGGAUGGACCCAUUGCCGAAAUCGAACUUUGGCGGGAGCGAAACGCAGCUCUUGCCGCCCUACUUGAGCAGCUCAAGCGGCCCGAUGUGCAGUUCAUGCUCUCCGUUCUCCGAGAAGCGCGAAAUCCCGUCAUCGAAAACUUCGAAGGCGCCAAAAACGAUCUCACCAAAUAUUCAGUUGAAGCACGAGAUAAUGUGCGAUUUUUGCAAACUUUGGAGCGACAUUUCAAGAAUCUACAACAUUCCAAUGACUUCUGCCAAAUCAUCGACACCAUUCCAUCAAUGAUGAAUUCAUUGCGAAUGGUUUGGAUCAUCUCCCGUCACUACAACAAAGACGAACGAAUGGUCCCGCUUAUGGAGCGAAUCGCCUGGCAUCUCGCCGAGCGCGUUAAAGAAAACGUCGACUUGAAGACCAUUUUUGCUGCAGAACCUCAAGACGUCAAAAAGCUCGCGAAGAACGCGCGAACUUGUUUGACCACCUGGAAAUCGAGCUACCUUGAGGUUCGCGCUAGGAUCGAAGAAAACGAGCGAGAUGCACGAUGGGAAUUCGACAAGCAGCGUCUUUUCCAGCAGACUGACUACAUGGCGAGCAUUUGCCAGGACAUUGUAGACGUCGCCCAAGUUCUUGAGGAGUUUUAUAAUAUUUUUGGUCCCGAACUCAAGGCUGUCACAGGUGAUCCAAAAAGAAUUGAAGAAGUCGUGGCGCGAGUUGAUGCACUAGUGAAACCUCUUGAAGACUAUAAAUUCGAUCCGUUUGCUCAAGACUGCGCUGUCAGCUGGAAGAAAGUCAUCAAGUGGUUCAACAGGGAAGUUGAAGGAAUCGAGGCAGAAGCGAAAAGAUUCAUCGACGAGUCGUUCAAAUACUUGAGAUCUGCAGAAGGUGCCUUUGACCUUCUUCUCAAAUUCCAACACAUCAAAUCUCGUGAAUCAAUCAACCAGCAAAUGAUGAACAAGUCACAAGAGAUCAUCAAACAGUAUCGAAAAGAAGUUGACAUCAUAAACGAUUCCUUCCUACGUCAAAAAGAUCGACCUCCGGUACCGAAUGGACAGCCACCAAUUGGCGGUGCUAUUAUGUGGGAAAAGUCGUUGUUCGAUCGAAUCAAGAGGACCAUAGUCAGAUUUAUGGAGUCGGAAGAGAUGAUGGCAUCUGACGAAGGUCGCUACGUCAAGGAUCACUACUUGCGAACUGCACGAAAGAUGAAACAGUACGAAGACGAACUCUACGAAAAGUGGCGAGUACAUACAGAAGCGUGUCUACCAGGUUACAUGCGAAAACCUCUUCUUUUGAAGAACUUGGAUACUGGCCGAUUCGAAGUUAACUUUGCGCCAGAACUCAACGUCAUCAUGCUUGAGUCGAAAUAUCUUGAACAGCUUGGAUUCAGUAUUCCAGAGCUUGCCCGUAAUAUGGCCCUUCAAGAACACAAAUAUUCCAUGUUUGUCGUUGGCCUUCGAAACAUGCUCGAACGAUAUCACAGAAUCAUGUCUUCACUCGAACCAGCAGAAAUGGACCUUCUCAGCGACUGGGUGAAGCAACUCCAGCAGACUUUAAAAGCUGGACACACCAGACUCAACUGGAACACGCUGGGUAUCAAAGAAUACGUCAAUAAAUGCGAAAAAAUGAUCGAUAAGUUCGAAUCCCUGGUCAAUCAAGUGCACGACAUCGCUGCUGAUAUAAAUCAUCGAGUAGAGCUGAUAGCCAUGUCCGAUUUCUUCGUCUAUAAAAGCGAAACGCCCGGAACACCAGAUAUCAAAGACUACUUCGAAGCUGUCGAAAAUCAGCGAGCUAAAGAUGUUGAGCUUCUUGCGCGAAAAUACCGAGCUAUCGGACCUCUUCUCACAAAACUAGAAGGCUUAGUUGUUUCCACCAAUUCUGGCAGAUCCGACUCAAUGGCUAACUACUACAAGUAUUGGGAAAAGAAGGUUUAUGACGCAAUUGUGAUUGCGGUUGUUGACAACUUGGAAAAUUUCAACUGCCAAUUGAGAGCUGAAAAGCCGCUCUUUAGAAUCGAGGCUGCUCUGGCUGGAACUGAAAUCAUUUUACGGCCAGCUGUUAAUGAGACACAAAAACUCGUCUUCAAAACGAUUGGCGACGUUAUUGAUUCAUCACGUUCGUUUGUCCGAUGGAUGGAUGGCACCUGUAUAGAAACUCCACCUCAGCCGAAUCCAGACUCGGAUGAGCCUUAUUUAUUCACUUUCCACUCCGAUAUUCUUCCGCUGCCCUCCGUCACUGAAGUCUGCCUAGGCAUUACUGAGAAUCUCCAACGAUGCCUGGUAAACUGCAUCAAAAUCGCUGCCAAAUGGCGAAAAUACUCCAAAAUCUGGAAGCCAGACAAACCACUCGUGACUGAAAAGUUUGCGAAUAAAGAGCCUUCAUGUGUUGAAUACGAUCAUCUUCUUGAUGUGUAUACGAAAAUGGUCAAGGAUGUCAACAACGCCACAACUGAAGAACGAGAGCAGGCUUUCAUCAUUUCUGUGAAGCCGAUGAAGGCAUCAGUCAAAAUGCAUGCACGAGAGUGGAUUUCCGAGCUUCAGAAACAGCUUCGAAUGUCAGCCAAAGUGUCCAUGUUUAGUUUGGCUGAUAAGUUACGAGACUUGAACUACAACUUGGAAAUGGAACCUGAUACACUGGAAGAAUUGAAAGCUGUUUUGCAGACGAUCUCCAAUAUCAGAGAAAUGUCAAUGGAAGUCGAGUUUCAGCUGGAUGAUAUUGACGAGCGAUACAGAACACUGCUUAUGUACCGAGGUGAGAUGACGAAGCCCGAAGAAGAGCUCCUAGGCGAAAUUCGAAAGAUCUGGGCUGAUCUCAUCUACCGAUCAAAAUGCGUCGACGUAGAAUUGACGCCUAUCAAGAGAAAAUUCACUGCAAUCACUCUGGAAGAAAUUACUGACUUCAAAGUGAAAAUGGCCGAUUUUGCUGAGCGUUUCGAAAAUGAAGGGCCAUCAACUAUCGGUGACGAUUUAGAAACAGGCUUGCAGAAGAUGAAGGAAUUCUCGAAAGUCUUGAUUCAGCAUGAUGCAAACAGACUUGAAUUGGCCAACGCUGAAAAGCUCUUUGGCCUGGAAGUUACCGCUUAUCCUCGAUUAGUAAAAGCUAAGACUGAAAUGGAAGGGCUGGCAUUAAUCUACGAACUAUACGAGCGACAAAUGAAAGCUCGAGAGGAUUGGGCCCAAACGCUUUGGAGUAACCUCAACGUCGACUCUCUCACAGAAGGUAUCGAAGGCUUCCUGAAAGAUGCCAAGAAAUUCCCUCCGCACGUUCGCCAAAUGACAGUCGCCCGAGCCCUGCAGAAGAAAAUGCUCGAAUUCAAGAACGCGAUUCCACUCUUUGUUGAUUUGAAAAACGAUGCUUUGAGAGAUCGUCAUUGGAAAUCUCUCAUGGACAAGACUGGGAAGACAUUUGACAUGAAUCCGGAGACGUUUACACUUGGUGCUUUGUUUGAAAUGGGGCUUCAUAAUUAUGUCGACUCAAUCAACGAAAUCGUCACCGCUGCCACUAAAGAAUUGUCAAUCGAGAAGGGGCUGAAAGAGGUUUCAGAAGUUUGGGACAACAUUAAAUUCACCAUAUCGAAAUACUUCAAAGGCACAUCUGAUCGAGGCUACGUUUUGGGAACUGUUGACGAGGUAAUACAGACACUCGACGACAAUGCAAUGACACUGCAAUCUAUGUCUGCGUCAAGAUUCAUUGGUCCAUUCUUGAAUCAAGUGCAAACUUGGGAAAAAUCGCUGUCGCAUAUCUCCGAAGUAUGUGAAAUUUGGAUGGUCGUUCAGCGAAAAUGGAUGUAUUUAGAGUCAAUCUUCAUCGGUGGCGAUAUCCGAUCUCAGCUGCCUGAGGAGGCGAAAAAAUUCGACAAGAUCAAUGACACGUUCAAAAAGAUUAUGCAAGAAACAGCCAAAAAUCCUAAGAUCAAGGACUCCUGUCACGCUCCAAAUCGACUUGAGGACUUUACCGUGCUUGCUGAAGGUCUUGAGCGAUGCCAAAAGAGUUUGAACGAUUAUCUUGACUCGAAGCGAAAUGCCUUCCCACGAUUCUUCUUCAUUUCCGAUGAUGAACUUUUGUCUAUUCUCGGUUCUUCCGACCCCACUUGUGUACAGGAGCAUAUGAUCAAAAUGUACGAUAAUAUCGCUGCUCUUGGUUUCUCAGACGGCUCGAAUGGAGAGAAGAUUGCAGUUUCAAUGAUUUCUGCUGAAAGAGAAGUCAUGGACUUCAAGAAAGCUGUCCAAGCAGAAGGUCGCGUCGAGGACUGGAUGACCGCCGUCCUUGCUGAAAUGCGUGCAACAAACAGAAGCAUUACCAAAGAAGCUGUUUACACUUAUGGCGAGCGUGGAACGAGAGCUGACUGGAUGCUUAACUAUCAAGGUAUGGUUGUGCUUGCCGCCAAUCAAAUCUGGUGGACAUGGGAGGUAGAAGACAUCUUCCGCAAAGUCAAGUCGGGUGACAAGCUUGCCAUGAAAAACUACGCCAAGCAACUGCACGGUCAAAUUGACGAGAUCGUCGCAAAGAUCACGAAUCCGCUUGAAAAGAACGAUCGUGCCAAAUACAAUACUGUUCUGACGAUCGAUGUGCAUGCGCGAGAUAUCAUCGACACCUUCGUUAGAGAUUCAAUUUUGGACGAAAAAGAGUUCGAAUGGGAGUCACAAUUGCGAUUUUACUGGUGGAAACCAGAAGAUGACGUUAUCAUCCGACAAUGCACAGGCGAAUUCGGCUAUGGUUAUGAAUACAUGGGUCUCAACGGCCGUUUAGUUAUUACACCUCUCACCGAUCGAAUUUACCUAACACUUACACAAGCUCUAUCAAUGUAUCUUGGUGGCGCUCCUGCUGGUCCAGCUGGUACCGGUAAAACUGAAACCACCAAAGAUUUAGCGAAAGCUCUUGGCCUUCUCUGCGUCGUCACGAACUGUGGUGAAGGUAUGGAUUACAAAGCCGUCGGAAAGAUUCUCUCUGGUCUUUCACAGUGUGGUGCUUGGGGAUGUUUCGAUGAGUUCAACCGAAUCGACGCGUCUGUACUUUCUGUCGUCUCUUCGCAAGUCCAAACAAUUCGAAACGCUUUGAUCCGACAUCUUAGCCGAUUCCAGUUCGAAGGUGUUGAAAUUAGUCUUGAUCCUCGAAUGGGCAUCUUCAUCACAAUGAACCCUGGUUACGCUGGCAGAACUGAGUUGCCCGAGUCAGUCAAAGCACUCUUCCGACCAGUUGUCGUCAUUGUUCCGGACUUGCAACAGAUUUGUGAAAUUAUUCUUUUCUGUGAAGGUUUCCUGACUGCCAAGGUUCUCGCGAAAAAGAUGACAGUACUUUACAAGCUCUCAAAAGAACAACUUUCAAAACAGAAUCACUACGAUUUCGGUCUCCGAGCCCUUCGUUCUGUCCUAAACAUGGCUGGUAAUCUCAAGCGAGGAUCUCCCGAUCUCCCCGAAGAUAUGGUUCUGAUGCGAGCCCUACGAGAUAUGAACUUACCGAAAUUUAUCUUUGAGGAUGUACCACUUUUCCUUGGUCUUAUUGGCGAUCUGUUCCCCGGUCUCGAUUGUCCUCGAGUCCGAUAUCCUAAUUUCAACGAUGCAGUUGAAGUUUGCCUCUCUGAGAAAAAAUACAUUUUGAAAGAAAAUCAAUGUGACAAAGUCGUCCAAAUGUACGAAACAAUGAUGACUCGUCAUUGCACAAUGAUCGUCGGUCCAACUGGUGGUGGAAAAUCUGUCGUCAUCAAUGCUCUUUGCCAAGCUCAAACUCGUCUCGGUCUUCCAACAAAAAUGUCCAUCAUGAAUCCGAAAGCGCUUUCUGUUAUUGAGCUUUACGGUAUCUUGGAUCCCGUGACUCGAGAUUGGACAGAUGGUGUUCUUUCAAACAUCUUCAGAGAAAUGAAUCGACCAACUGAGAAAAAAGAACGCAGAUACGUUCUGUUCGAUGGUGAUGUCGACGCGCUCUGGAUUGAAAAUAUGAACUCUGUCAUGGACGACAAUAAGCUGUUGACUUUGGCGAAUGGUGAACGUAUUCGUUUACAACCACACUGUGCUAUGUUGUUUGAAGUUGGCGAUCUCCAAUACGCAUCACCUGCCACCGUCUCCCGAGCUGGUAUGGUCUUCGUCGAUCCCAAGAAUCUCCGCUACCGUCCAUACUGGGAACGUUGGCUUGUCGACCGAACUGACAAGCUCGAGCAAGAAUUCUUGCCACAACUUUUCGACAAGACUGUUGACGUCCUUAUAGAUCUCAUCCACGAAGGUAUGCUCGAUGGCAAGCAAGGUGACAAACUGAAGUUGAUCGUUCCUCAGACAGAUCUGAAUAUGGUCACCCAGCUAUGCAAAAUGCUUGAAGCUUGCUUGGACUCAGCUGAAGCGCCAGUUGACUCUGAACAAAUUCUCGAAGCCGUUUAUGUUGAGUGCCUUUUCUGGUCUCUUGGAGGAACACUUGUUGAAGAAUCACAAGAGCAGUUCAACACAAUCGCGAAAAAAUUGCUUGCUUUGCCUGGUGCCUCUGACUCAGACACAAACUUUGCUCCAGCAGGUACUCUGCCAACUCGAUUCAAUCUUAUGUAUGACUAUCACUUCGACAUUUCUAAACGACAAUGGAUCCCAUGGAAGAUGAUUGUCCCUGACUACAUCCACGACCGAACAAAACCUUUCCAUGAGAUUCUGGUGCCUACUGUAGACACUACUCGUACCACUUGGCUUCUUAAAAAAUCAGGCCAUAUCAAUCGCCCAGUAUCGCUUGUUGGUGAAAGUGGAACAUCGAAAUCUGCAACAAUCCAAGACUAUUUGCGUGGAUUGAGUCCCGAUUCAAACAUGCUCUUGAAUAUCAAUUUCUCUUCCCGUACGUCGUCAAUGGAUGUUCAGCGAACAAUCGAGGCGAAUAUUGAAAAACGAACUAAAGACAUCUAUGGACCUCCUCCAGGAAAACGCCUUCUUGUCUUUAUGGACGACAUGAACAUGCCUCAAGUGGACACUUACGGAACUCAGCAGCCUAUCGCACUCAUGAAACUCUUGCUUGAAAAAGGCUACAUUUAUGAUCGGUCAAAGGAGCUCAACUGCAAAGUCUUGAAAGACAUUUCUUACGUCUCUGCUAUGGGCAAAGCUGGUGGUGGUCGAAAUUCGACUGACCCUCGGUUCUUGUCUCUCUUUUCAGUUUUCAACAUGACAUUCCCAUCUGACGAGUCGAUCAAUAAAAUCUACACUUCAAUUCUUUCUGGUCACCUGGAACCAUUCGGCGAGAACAUCCUCGAUCUUGCUAGUAAGCUUACUGGAUGCACUCUUGAACUUUACAAAAAGAUCGUCCGAGAUCUCCCUCCAACGCCAUCAAAGUUCCACUACAUUUUCAACCUGCGAGAUUUAUCAAGAAUUUACAGUGGUCUCUGUGUCACCAGUGCCGAGCGAUUUACCAAGCCUGAUGAAUUCAUUCGAGUUUGGCGAAACGAAUGCUUGAGAGUCUUCCACGAUAGAGCCAUUAAUGAUAAAGAUAAGAAUUACCUUCAAGACACCAUCAAGGGAUUGGUAACCAAAACUUUCCCUCACAACACUGAACAUGUCAUGCGAGAUCCGAUCCUCUUUGGCGACUACAGAAACACCUUGAAGGAGAGUGAACCACGGCUUUAUGAAGAUGUUCAAGACUUUGAUGCUGCAAAAGGCUUGUUUGCUGAGAUUCUUGAAGCGUACAACGAAAGCGAGACUCCAAUGAACCUGGUUCUUUUCGAAUCUGCGCUGGACCAUCUGACGAGAAUUCAUCGUGUUUUGAGAAUGAAACGCGGUCACGCCUUGCUCGUUGGUGUUGGUGGCUCAGGAAAGCAGUCUCUCGCAAAGUUGGCAUCAUAUGCAGCAGGAUGUGAAGUUUUCGAGAUUUCAUUAUCCAGAGGAUACGACGAGUCCAAUUUCAGAGAAGAUCUGAAAAUUCUAUACAGUAAACUUGGUGUAGAAAGCGGAGGUCGAAAAAUUUCCUUCCUGUUCACCGACUCACACGUUGCUGAAGAGGGUUUCCUCGAACUGAUCAACAACAUGCUUACCACCGGUGCUGUGCCAGCACUCUUCGCCGACGACGAGAAAGACGCGAUCAUCAAUAACAUGCGAGACGAGGCAUUGCGAGCGAACUACCCGCCAGGAAAAGAAUCAAUUUGGAAGUAUUUCAUUGAUAAGUGCGCCAACAAUCUUCACGUUAUCCUUGCUAUGAGUCCAACUGGAGACACUUUGCGUGUGCGCUGUCGAAAUUUCCCAGGUCUUGUCAAUGGAACUACAAUCGACUGGUUCGAGGCUUGGCCAAUUCAGGCUCUCAUUGCUGUCGCAUCAAGCUUUUUAUCGGACAACCAAAUGAUUCCUGAGCAACAUAUGAACGCCGUGAUCAAUCACGUUGUCUUUGUUCAUAAAUCUGUUGAAGAAGCAUCCGCCGAUUACUUGACAAAACUCAGACGAACAAACUUCGUCACGCCCAAGAAUUACCUUGAUUUCGCAACCUCUUAUUUGAAACUACUCGAAGAAAAAGACGAUGAAGUUGAAAAAAUGUGCGAGCGUUUGGAAGGUGGUCUCAAGAAAAUUGCAGAAGCCCAGAUCCAGCUUGACGACUUGAACGCUAAACUUGUUGUUCAGAAAGUUGUUGUAAAGGAAAAAUCAGAAGCCUGUGAAGAACUGCUGAAGGUUAUUUCAGAAAGCAAAAACAUCGCUUCAAUUAAACAAGAAGAAGCAGGAUCCAAAGCCAUCGAAAUCGAAGAACAAUCAAAAGUUAUUGCUAUCGAAAAGAAAGAAGCCGAAGAAUCUUUGGCGGAAGCUCUGCCAGCCUUAGAAGCUGCUCGAAAGGCCCUUGAAGACUUGGACAAGUCAGAUGUCACCGAAAUUCGAUCCUUUGCAAAGCCUCCAAAGGCUGUCCAGACCAUUUGCGAGUGUAUUCUCGUCAUGAAGGGCAUCAAGGAAAUUUCGUGGAAAGCAGCUAAAGGUAUGAUGUCUGAAGCUGGUUUCUUGAGCUCUUUGAUGAACAUGGACGUCGACGCCAUCGGCAACUCUCAAGUGAAACAGAUCAAGGGCUUUUUGAAGGUCAUUGGUGUCUCACAGACGGAAAUGAAGUCCAUCUCAAACGCUGGUGCUGGUAUGAUGAAGUUCGUCGAAGCUGUCAUGGGUUACUGCGACGUUGCACGAGAAAUUAAACCAAAGCGAGAGAAAGUCGCUACUUUGGAAAAGAACUUCUUCAUCAUGAAAAAAGAUCUCGCUGCAGCGAAAAAAGAACUGGCUGCAAUCGAGAAACAACUUGCAGAACUUGAAGCUCAAUUUGAAGCCGCGAUGACUGAGAAACAAGAGCUCGAAGAAGAAGCCAGCAUUAUGGAAAGGCGAUUGAUUGCCGCAGACAAACUUAUUCGUGGUCUCGGUUCUGAAAGAGAACGAUGGAAGGUGGAACUCGCUGGACUUAAGGAAAUGCGCGUGAGACUUCUUGGUGACUGUCUCCUCGGUGCUGCAUUUUUGUCCUACGAGGGAGCUUUCAACUACGAUUUCCGAUAUCAAAUGAUGCAAGAAAAGUUCAUUCCGGAUAUUCGCGAGAAAGGUAUUCCAAUGUCUGAUCCAUUCCGACUGGAAGAUCUUCUUACUGACGAAGUCGAAAUAUCAAAGUGGGGCUCCGAAGGUUUGCCUCCAGAUGAGCUUUCCAUCCAGAACGGUAUUCUUACCACUAGAGCCAGUCGAUUCCCACUUUGUAUUGAUCCACAGCAACAGGCGUUGAAUUGGAUCAGGAAGAAAGAAGAAAAGUAUAAUCUUAAAGAAUCGUCCUUCAACAGCCCUGACUUUUUGAAACAACUCGAGUUGGCUAUCAAGUAUGGUUUCCCAUUCUUAUUCAAGGAUGUUGACGAGUACAUCGAUCCUGUCAUUGAUAAUGUCCUCGAGAAGAAUAUCAAGGGUGGUGCUGGACGAGAACACAUCAUCCUUGGUGACAAGGAGGUCGACUACGAUCCGAGCUUCAGGCUGUACUUGACUUCAAAACUUGCUAACCCUAAAUACUCACCUGCUGUUUUUGGAAAGGCGAUGGUUAUAAAUUACCAGGUCACACUCAAUGGUCUCGAAGAUCAGCUUCUCUCAGUUAUUGUAAAGUUCGAGCGAAAAGAACUGGAAGAACAGCGUGAACGCUUGAUUCAAGAAACAUCUGAGAAUAAACGACUCCUCAAGGAUUUGGAAGAUUCUCUUCUCCGAGAACUCGCCAACUCUAAAGGAAACAUGUUGGACAACACUGAACUUAUUGAGACAUUGGAAGAAACGAAAACAAAGGCUAAAGAAAUCUCUGAGAAACUGGUGCAAGGAGCAGAAACCUCUGCUGAGAUUGACGAGAUUCGAAAUGGUUACCGACCUGCCGCGCGGCGCGGUGCAGUUCUUUUCUUCGUCCUCUUGGAUAUGUCUCUUGUCAACAACAUGUACCAGUUUGCGCUCAAUGCUUACCUUGACGUCUUUGACAUGUCACUAAAGAAAUCUCUCCCCGAUGCAGUGCUUGCUCGCCGAUUGCAGAACAUCAUCAACACUUUGACCAUGAAUGUUUACAACUACGCAUGUACUGGUCUUUUCGAACGACACAAGUUGCUAUUCUCCUUCCAAAUGUGUAUAAAACUUCAACAAGAUAUUGGAAAAGUGCCUCAGCCUCAGGUCGACUUCUUCCUCAAGGGUAACAUUGCUCUUGAUAAGGUCAAGAAAGUGAAACCAGCCGAGUGGAUUGCCGAUCAAAUGUGGCAAGAUCUUGUGAAAUUGUCAGAACUAUCGCCUGUCUUCUCAACAUUACCUGACGAUAUUUCGAAGGAUGUCGAAACUUGGGAGAAAUGGUACGACCAAGAUGCUCCUGAAGCUUCACCCUUCCCUGGCCGCUACGAGAGCUUAGAUGAUCAAUUCCUCAAGCUUUGUCUUCUUCGAUGUUUCCGUGUUGAUCGAUGUGUCCGUGCCGUUACUAACUACGUUGUCUCAAACAUGGGCGAAAAGUAUGUUCAACCUCCGAUUGUUUCUUUUGAAGCUAUUUUUGAACAAUCAACGCCGCUCUCGCCAAUCAUUUUCAUUCUCUCCCCUGGUUCCGAUCCCGCUACUGACUUGAUGAAGCUUGCCGAUCGAAUGGACAUUGGUGGCAAUCGACUUAAAUUCCUUGCCAUGGGACAGGGUCAAGAGCAAAUCGCUCUCACACUCCUCGAUACUGCUAUCCAGCGAGGUCAGUGGCUCAUGCUCCAAAAUUGCCACUUGCUUGUCAAAUGGCUCAAGGAUUUGGAAAAAUCUAUCAGCAGAAUCACAAAGCCGCAUCCUGACUUCCGUCUCUGGCUCACCACCGACUGUAUCCCGGAGUUCCCAAUCGGUAUUCUUCAAAGAUCACUCAAGGUCGUCACUGAGCCCCCUAAUGGUCUUAAGCUCAACCUUCGGGCAACAUACACCAAGAUUGCUGGCAGUACCUUGGCAGACAGCUCUCACCAAUUUUUCCGGCCACUUGUCUACGUCCUCGCCUUCUUCCAUGCCGUCGUUCAAGAGCGAAGAAAAUACGGUCGCCUUGGUUGGAACGUUUCGUAUGAUUUCAACGAGUCAGACUUUGAAGUUUGCAUGACAAUCAUCGACACAUAUCUUACGAAGUCUUUUGAAAACGAAGAAGACAAACUUCCUUGGGGAACCUUGCGAUAUCUGGUCGGAGAAGUCAUGUACGGAGGUCGAUGCAUCGAUUCAUUUGAUCGACGAAUCCUCACCACAUACAUGGAAGAAUACUUCGGUGACUUUAUCUUCGAUACAUUCCAGCCGUAUUCGUUCUACAAGUCGAGUGAGAUCGACUACAACAUUCCCAAAGAUGAUGGAACCAAGGAAGUCUACACAGAGAAAAUCGAAAGCUUGCCGUUAGCUAACACGCCCGAGGUCUUCGGUCUUCAUCCUAACGCUGAAAUCGGCUACUACACGACCGCAGCGAGAGACAUGUGGGAGCUUCUCGUUGAGUUGCAACCUCAAACAGGUGACUCCGGAGGUGGAAUGUCUCGAGAUGACUUUAUCGCCAAAAUUGCAAUUGACAUCCAGCAGAAUCUCCCCGAACAGUUCGAAAUGGAUAAGAUCAAGCGUAAAUUUGGAAUCAAUGUUGAUCCGACUACUGUAGUUUUGCUUCAGGAAUUAGAGCGAUUCAAUAAGCUCAUUGCAAAAAUGCGAAGCUCUUUGGUCGAACUCGGUCGAGCGCUCAUUGGUGAAGUUGGAAUGUCAAACGAACUGGACGAAGUAGCAAGAUCCCUUUUCAACGGUCAAAUCCCAUCCAUCUGGCGGGCUUUGGCACCGGACACGCUCAAGAAUCUUUCUAACUGGAUGAGUCACUUUAGAUCGCGGCUCGAUCAGUACACCAACUGGGUUGAGAAAGGUGAACCCGAUGUCAUGUGGAUUUCCGGCCUUCAUAUCCCUGAGUCCUAUCUUACCGCUCUCGUGCAAGCAACUUGCCGCAAGAAUAAGUGGGCUUUGGAUCGUUCGACUUUGUACACCGUAGUGACCAAAUACGAGGAUGCUUCUUACGUGAACGAAAGACCACUGCAAGGUGCCUAUAUUUCCGGUCUUUACUUGGAAGGUGCCGCUUGGGACGUGGAGAACACUUGCUUGGUGCGCCAGCCGCCCAAACAGCUCCUGCAGCAACUGCCGAUCAUGCAGAUCGUUCCGAUCGAGUCUCACCGCUUGAAGCUGCAGAACACCUUCCGAACGCCCGUCUACACGACUUCAAACCGACGAAACGCGAUGGGUGUCGGUCUCGUUUUCGAAGCCGAUCUUGCUUCUCGACAACAUCCAUCUCACUGGGUCCUACAGUCCGUCGCUCUCACACUCAACUCCGACUAA